AGUUCCUAAAUCUCCUCUCUCAUUAUAGCCACACAUAACUUUUCAUUUCCUCUUAUUUUACUCUCUUUCCUCCCCUUUUGGACAUAUACUAUACCUUGUCCAAAACUGACAUAGUUUUAGUUUUCUGCAGACAAAGAUUGGAACUGUUUAUUACAAGUGACAAAAAUAGAAGAAGCAAGCAUGCCAAUGAUUUCAAGAGAUAGAGAUUUUGGAGGAAAGAAAGAAGAGGAGGGAGAAGGCAGCAAAAUCCCCAAAAUGGCCUCAUUAUUCUCCCCCUAUCCUUCAUCAAGGCAGUGGUCAUCAUCAGCCUCGAAGAACCCUAGAAUCGUGCGCGUGUCAAACAGCUUCGGAGGCAAGGACAGACACAGCAAGGUGCUCACUGUGAAGGGCUUGAGGGACAGGAGGAUUCGCCUAUCGGUGCCUACUGCAAUACAGCUCUAUGAUUUGCAAGAAAAGCUCGGCCUCAGCCAGCCAAGCAAGGUCAUAGAUUGGCUGAUUGAUGCUACAAAAUUUGAGAUUGACAAACUCCCUCCUCUCCCAACCAUGCCUACAAAUUACCUCCAAUUUCAUCAGCCAAUUGCACCAAUAUCAUCAAUGCCUAAUCAAGCAUAUGCUUCUGAGUUUCUCUCUCCAUAUUUGUUUAAGGAGAGAGAGGGUUUUGGUGGAUUUGUGGCACAGAAUUUCUUCCCACAAAACAGUAGUGAGUUUGCAACACCUUACAACAAUCCUAACCACUUCCAAUCAAUGGAGCCUCCAAAUUUGUCAUUGUCUCAAUUUGGAGGUUUAGGGUUUCCCUUCUCGAAAGAGCUCUCGUCGUCGUCUCAAGCUUCGAGUUCUCAGAAUUAUACUCCUCAUUUUCAGCCUUACUUUGUGGAGGAUAAUGAUCACUUGCAAUGGCAGAAUUAAUCAGUAACCCCAAUGAGAUCUUUCAGUUUGAAUGCAUCCUUUCAUUCAACUGAGAAUGAUAAAAACAAUGAGACUUAGCAUUAUAUUGUUGAUUUAUGGGAAAAGCAUAUAUACAAUGAGAGUUGUUAUAUAUAUAUUUUUGGGUAUUAUGGUAUACAUACACUUUGUAUUGACUAAUUAUGGCUUGAUUUCGUAUAAUUUUUGGAUUAUAGAAUAUGUACAACUGUUGAUUGAUUUAGAGAAUUUU